CCCAGGGACAUGCGGGGGGGGCAUUAGAGACACACCCUGAGGACCUGCGGGGUUAGACACCCUGGGACGUGCAGAGUGAGCCCUGCAGGGGAGUUAGACACCCCGGGGACCUGCGGGGUUAGACACCCGGGGGUGAGGCCUGGGGGGAGUUAGACACCCCAGAGAUAUGCGGGGUUAGACACCCGGGGGUGAGGCCUGGGGGGAGUUAGACACCCCGGGGACAUGCUGGGGGGGGGGGUAGACAUGUCCCCUGGGACGUGCGGGUUAGCCUCCUCUGGUCACUCCCCAAACGGUCACACCCACAGGGAUGCGGCCGCCUCGCCUGCUAGCCAGCACUGCCCCUCUGGUUUCUUGAUUUGGAGCCUUGAGGCGUUGGUUCAGGUGCCGUUAGGAACACAAGCUGUUCAGACUACUGCUGUCUCUCCAAGCACUAUUGUAGCGGCCAUGGUGCCCCUGAGGCUUUUCUCAGCAGCAUCUCGGACCGCGCUGGAAGGCGUGGGGCGCUGCGCUCCGUCCACGCAGGCUGGCCGCCAGUCCAGACCGCGCCUCCCUCAGCAGCUGGCUCCCAGGCCCCUCUCCCUCGGCUCUGCGGCCCGCAGCGAGCACCAGGAGCCCCCCAGAAAGAAGCCGCUCUCUGAGAAGAAGUUGAAAAGGCACUUUGUGGACCAUCGGCGCGUGCUCGUCCGUGGAGGAAACGGAGGCUCCGGAGCGAGCUGCUUCCACAGCGAGCCCCGCAAGGAGUUCGGAGGCCCCGACGGCGGGGACGGAGGCAGCGGCGGCCACGUCAUCCUGAGAGUUGACCAGCAGGUCAAGUCCCUGUCGUCGGUGCUGUCGCGGUACCAGGGCUUCAGCGGGGAAGACGGCGGCAGCAAAAACUGCUCUGGGCGAGGUGGCGCCGUCCUCUAUGUCCGGGUCCCCGUGGGCACCUUGGUGAAGGAGGGCGGUCAAGUUGUGGCGGACCUGUGUCGUCCAGGCGAUGAGUACGUUGCUGCGCUCGGCGGGGCCGGAGGCAAAGGCAACCGCUUCUUCCUGGCCAACGACAACCGCGCCCCGGUGACCUGCACCCCCGGACAGCCGGGUCAGGAGCGGGUUCUCCACCUGGAGCUCAAGACCAUGGCCCACGCCGGGUUGGUCGGAUUCCCCAACGCUGGAAAGUCCUCGCUCCUCCGAGCCAUCUCGAACGCCAGACCCGCCGUGGCCUCCUACCCGUUCACGACCCUGAAUCCCCACGUGGGCAUCGUCCACUACGAGGGCCACCUCCAGAUAGCAGUGGCCGACAUCCCCGGCAUUGUGAAGGGCGCCCACCGCAACAGGGGCCUGGGGCUUGCCUUCCUGAGACACAUCGAGCGCUGCCGCUGCCUCCUGUUCCUGGUCGACCUCUCCCUGCCGGAGCCGUGGACGCAGCUGGAGGACUUACAGCACGAGCUCGACCAGUACAAAGAAGGCCUGUCGGAGCGGCCCCACGCCAUCGUCGCCAACAAGGUCGACCUGCCCGACGCCAAAGCCAGGCUGCCCCAGCUGCGGGCCCACCUGGGCCAGGAGGUCAUCGCUCUGUCGGCAGUGACCGGGGAGAACCUGGAGGGACUGCUACUGCGCCUGAGGGAGCUGCACGAGGCCUGCGGGGAGGCGGAGCCACGGGGAGGCGGAACCACGGGGAGGCAGAGCUACGGGGAGGCGGAGCUGGGGCACGGCCGCCCGCCCCUCAGGUGGUAGCCGGGCAGGGGCUGCACGGCCAGGCUGUUGUGAUCUGGGUCCUGGACGUGUGAAAGAAAGUGCCUGUAGCUGUGGGAGCCGCUGGUGCUUCUCCAUCUCCCCCACCCCCCGGCGUGGGCCCCUCGGGAGGCCCAGGGAUUCCCUUGGGUGGUAGAACGUUGCGUGCGGCUGACACCCAGUCUGCUCCCCGCUGUCUGAUUGGCCGACAGGGACUGAUGUGUGCUAACAC